GACGAGAACACAGAAACUUUAAUAUUGCGAUGGAAUUCGCCACGAAAACAACCCGGGCUUUGGGUCUGAUGAGCGGAACCUCCAUGGAUGGCAUCGACGCAGCGCUAGUGGACAUCAUAGAGCACGACAACGGCCGUUUAGAGGUGCGACAGGUCGUGGCGGAGACGUUUCCCUACGACAACCGACUGCAAGAAGACCUAGGCGCGGUCUGCUCGGGAAAACAGUUGACUGUCGACCAACUGUGCGACUUGGACGACCGCGUGGCGGAGGCCUUUGCCGAAACCGCGGCAACGGUGAUGGAUAGAGAGGCGACCAAGCCCACUGUCAUCGGCUCUCACGGUCAAACCGUCUUCCACAGACCGCCUGCACUCACGGAGACUGGUGGGACGAGGCUGGGGCACUCCGUACAACUCGGCCGAGGGGCAGUCAUCGCAAGGCGCACAGGUGUCGUGGUGGUGAGUGAUUUCCGCAAGGCCGACAUAGAGGUCGGGGGGCAAGGGGCCCCUCUCGUUCCCAUGGUAGACUGGUUGCUCCUCGCGGACCGCAGGCAAACGCGAACGUGUCAGAACAUCGGAGGGAUUGGGAACGUGACCUACCUCCCCCCAAAUGGCAACCACGACCAGGUCCUAGGCUUCGACACGGGUCCCGGUAACGUUCUUAUCGACAUGGCUGCCCGGCUGUUGUACGGUCAACCUCACGAUGAUGACGGCAGACUUGCGAGAGGCGGAAGGAUACAUAAGCCGUUGGUGGAAAAAUGGCUCGAACAGGAGUUUUUCAAGAAGCGACCUCCCAAGUCCACAGGGAGAGAGCUGUACACAGCUGACUAUCUACAGGACAGGAUAAAAGACUGCAGAUCUGUACAGCUGACUGAUGUGGACAUCAUGGCAACGUUGACAGAACUGACUGUGCAGUCCGUAGCCUACAGCUACAGGGAGUUUCUACCGAAAGGACCAGAUGAAGUGCUUGUUAGUGGAGGAGGAAGUCAUAACAGCUUCUUGAUGGGCAGACUUCGGGAGGCUUUGAGUCCGGUCAAGGUGGCCACGACAGAGUCAGUGGGAAUUAACGUGGACUACAAGGAAGCUGUAGCGUUCGCCGUGCUCGGAUAUAUGCGUAUGAAGGAACAGCCUGGAAACCUUCCCAGUGUGACAGGGGCAACAAGGCAGGUUUUGUUGGGACAUAUCAGCCACCCAUCUUGA